AUGGAUGAUACAACACAUAACAAGAGAGGUCUAGCUAAAAUAAUAAAUACAUUUUAUAUAAAUUGGAACCAUAGAAGACAAAAUUGGAGAGUUAGCUUUUAUUAUAAUUGCUUAACAAUAGUUACUGCUUUAAAUGUUGUAUUUACUUUAAUAUUUCAACAUCUUAUAAAAUCUUUCGAUUUUUUUAUAAAUUAUUCUUGUGAACUUGAACAUAUUAAUUUUGUAUUAAACGAUUUAUUGAUUUUUCUUAUUUUACUUAGCUUUAUAAGCAUAUUUGCAUUUUUUUUAUCGAGAAUCAGUUCAAUAUUCUCUAAUUUUACUAUUAAUGAUUUUAUGUCAUUAGGAAAAUGGAUGGAAAGAAUAGGAUGUACUGUUAAAUGGUUCCCAUGGGCAUUGGCAGUUUUUAUUUUAUUUUGGUUUUCAAUAAACAUAUUUAAUUUAAUUACAUUAUAUGCUACGCCACAUUUAUGGUGUAAGCCUCGUAUUAAUACAUUAGGUACAUAUGUUGUAAAUAAUUGUAGAUUGUAUGAAAGUAAAACAGCAGCAUGCUCAAAUAGUGAUGAUGCUCCAAAUACCAAGACACUAAAUUUCAUUAAAAAAUGCAAUAGUCUAGAAUAUCUUAAAAAUAAUAAUUAUUUUGCAAUUGUCCCAGAUCUUAAUGAUAGAAACUAUGCACAAUGUACUUUUAAUAAUAUUAAUAUUUGCACUUUAUAUAAAGCAUUGAGAAAUAAUCAGCAAUUAUUAGAGGAAUAUAAUAAUUUAAAAUUACCAGGAUGCUUAAAUACCGCUGCAAUGGACAUCGAAGAUUUUUAUGACAAAAACAUACACAAAAGUGAUUUAUAUAAAUAUUCGGAAAUAUUUACAAUUGGAAGCAACGUUAUAUUUUUUAUUAUAAUCUCUUUUUUCUUUUUUAUCAAACGUACAACACAAUUCGAUGGACUCUUUUAUCAAUCAAUAGACAGCUCAGAUAUAUUUAUUUUACGUAUACUUCGGCAUUUUACUCCAUGGUCGUAA